CACCACACAGCAGCAUCUUCAUCCUCCUCUUCCUCCGCAGCCGAAAGCUACAACACUGGAUCUCUUAUCUACCGUACCCAAUCCACCAAAAAGAAUGGUCGGAACUAACUCCACCGUCAAAUUCCUCUGCAGUUACGGCGGGAAAAUCGUCCCUCGCUACCCUGACGGGAAACUUCGUUAUCACGGCGGUGAAACCCGUGUACUCGCCGUUGAUCGGUCCAUUUCCUUCGCUGAGCUAUCGUUGAAGAUGGGAGAGAUGUGCGGGACACCAGUGAGUCUACGUUGCCAGUUGCCUACGGAGGAUUUAGACGCGCUGGUUUCGAUCACUUCUGAUGAGGAUAUCACGAAUCUCAUCGAGGAAUACGACCGUGUGGCGUCGCCGCCGUCUUCUUUAAAGAUCAGGGUCUUCCUUUCGCCGCUGAAAUCGGCCAGAAAAUCGAUUUCUUCGCCGCCGAAACCGGCCAGACAAUCGAUUUCUUCUACGCCAAAGCAGCCCACAAAAUCGAUUUCUUCGUCGCCUUCGUCAUCGACUUCGUCGUCGUCCAGUCCCAGAUAUUCCUGCAUACGUCAGAUCCCGGGGACUCCCGUAGCUUUCCCUCUUUGCUCUAAUAAAUGGGCGGGGAAGAUGAUUCCUUACUACGGUUACCAUGGUCAACCUAGUCAUAUUUACCUUGUUCACAGCGGGAAUUACAGGCAAUAGCAUAAGCUGGAAGGGGAUCAUAUGAUUUAUUAGCCAGUUAUGAUCCUUCGAACAAGUAAUGAUCAAUACUACCCAUAGAAGAAGUUAAACCAUAUAUGAUAUUUGUAUUUGAAAAUGUAUAUCCUUUAAGAAGAACUGGUUUUGAUUAAUGAGUAGCCAUUAAUGAAUUCUCAGCUCCUAUAUUCGUUUUC